CCUCACUCUAUAUCUACCCCACAUCGGGAACAGUGGCAACUACAAACUCCCAUCCAUAUACCUUUCACACCACAUCAUCAACGAUGAGCAGAUUCGAUACCGUAUCUAGGACUGAGAGUAGGGCUGGGUCCGCCAUCUCUCGAAAUCAAUCCCUGAUCAAGAAGAAUACUGCACCUCAUGAACUCAAGCCAUCCGACAUUCUCAUCGAACGUUUCACAGCAUGGAAACAAAUCGUCAAGAUGCUUAUCUCUUACUUUGAGGGUGUCGCCGAUAUCGAAGCGAACACUAGCAAAGAAUUGACUAAACUGGGCGCUGUCAUUCAAGUACCUUUCAGGCCUGGGAAUCAGUUCUUGGGUGAAGGGGGUAUGCAGGAUGUCUUCUACACCAUCCGCGACAAGACCCGUCUCAUCGCCGACUCGCAUUCGUCACUUGCACGAACUAUCGAAUCGUCCAUCGUGCAGCAUCUUCAAAAACUUCGCACGGAGAUUAAAGCACACGUCAAGAACGUCCAGAAUGACACUGGUAAAUUGGCGGCUUCGGUCGCUCGUGAGCGUGAGCUCUCCACCAAGGCCAUCGCCGACCUUGCUCGCGCUAUCGGGUCGGUCAACCACACCCCCAUGGCUGUUUCGGCUAAAGAAGACCCCUUUGCUGUCAACAUGGCUGUAGUGAAACAACUCCAGAAACAGGUGGCGGAAGAAAACGCUUUGCAGAAGUCCGUCGUUAUUAUGCAGCAGAACUCUGCCCAUUUCGAAGAAGGCAUCGUACGUUCCAUCCAGUCGGCCUGGGCCACCUUCGACGAAUGGCAAGCUCGUAUGUCUACAUCCGUACAGGAAACCUGGCGUCAACUCGGCGUUAACAUGGCGCAACUCAUGCCGGACCGUGAAUGGAUCGCCUUUGCUGCUCGUUCCGACCAUCUGCUCGACCCUGAGACUCCUCUCCGUAAUCCGGAAAUGAUCGACUACCCGGGCAAGAACGAUCCAUCUGUCCUCCCCGUUCAUGUGGGCAUGCUCGAACGCAAGAAGCGUUUCACCAAGACAUACAAGGAAGGAUUCUACGUUCUUACCCCUGCUGGUUAUCUCCACGAGUACGCAUCGUCUGACCCGUCCACUGCCACGCACCCUAUCUGGUCUCUGUUCUUGCCUGCUUGCACUCUCGGCCCACCUUCGUCGGCGCAGACGGCCAAGUCGCACAAGUUCCACAUUGAAGGUCGCAAGGACGGUACCUCGGCUAUCGGCAAAACUCCCGGUGGACGUGGCUUGUUCCGUGGAAGCGAAACGGCUUUUACCUUCCGUGCUCGUAGUCACGAAGAAAUGAUGGAAGUUUGGAACGAUCUUCGUAUGCUCGUGGCUAGAUACCUCGUGGCGAGCGAACAAAUGGAUCGUGACGGUAUCGUCGCACAUGCUGUCCGAGUCGUUGGAUACGGCGCGUCUGACGAAGAGGAGGAAGGUCUUGAGGACGAUGAAGACGAAGAAGGCAGCUCGGUCGAGGCCGAGGAAGAUGAUAUCGAGGAGCCUACCCAAGAAGGGGUCGCCCCUCACGAAGCCGAUCACGAAGAGGUCCCGGCAUAUCAUCAAGAUGGGGCUGCCCCUGUUGAAGUCGGACCGAAUGGCUAUGCCAUUGACAAGAAGGAACGCCCAGAGCUCGGGCCCGAGGCGUCCACAGAGUCCAAGCCGUUGACUCGUCGAGAGGAGAAGGCCCCGGCGCGUGAGGAGCCCACAACUGGCGCUGGUCCGAUGUCCACUGGCGACGCGGAUGUGUCGCUAGGCGAAGUCAUUCAAGCUCCCUCACCUGUCACUGGCGACUCGCCUGGUCCAGAGCCCGAUGCCGAACCCACGGCUGAGGAGCCGCACAACAAGGGCUUGCUCAGCCGGUUCACCGAAAACUUUGUCAAGAAGUGA